AUGGAGAGAUCGAGCAAGAGGAGUAGUGAUCGGGUGCCCUUUGCCGCGGUGACGCCCACUGCCAGGGCGGGGCCUGUCCUGCUUGGCACUGAGGUCCCCACUCCCCUGGUGGCCGCUGUGGCCCUUGGGGGAGCCGCUCUGGGCCUUCGGGCCAUAAAAAAGGUGUUCGACACCCCGUCUCGAACCUACGAUGGCCAGAACGUGGGCAAGGAGUACGAUGCAUGGACCAGGGAGGGCAUCCUGGAGCACUACUGGGGCGAGCACAUCCACCUUGGGUACUACACCGAGGAGGAGCAAGCAGCGGGGUACAAGAAGAAGGACUUCAUCCAGGCCAAGCACGACUUUGUGGACCGCAUGAUCCAAUUCGCGGGGGUGUCCAACCCCGGCAGCAUCCUGGAUGUGGGCUGCGGCAUUGGCGGCACCACGCGGAUGCUGGCUUCCCGCUUUCCCGGUGCCAAGGUCGCUGGCAUCACGCUGUCGCCCAACCAAGUGAUGGAUGCGCUGAAGAUGGACUACCCCGACAACUCCUUCGAUGUGGUGUGGGCUUGCGAGUCCGGGGAGCACAUGCCCGACAAGGGGGCCUACGUGCGUGAGAUGGUGCGUGUGCUGAAGCCCGGGGGCACCCUCGUCAUCGCCACCUGGUGCCAGCGGGAGGUGACGCCGGCCAACCCCUUCACCGCCAGCGACAAGGAGCGCCUGCAGUUCCUGUACGACGAAUGGGCGCACCCCUACUUCAUCAGCAAGGAGGAGUACGGCCGCCUGGUGCAGCCGCACCUGUGGUACAAGUGCGCUCGGGACGGGGUGACCCUGGAGCGCUUCCACCGUGCAUUCGUGGAUGGCCUGGUCCAGUACGGCAUGAUCCGUGCGGUGAAGAAGAAGGCUGCUGCCUGA